UGCAGCUAAACGUGCUGCCGGUGCUCUGCAGCUAAACCGUGAAUUACCUGACGAAAAAGGACAAGAAGUGGUCAACAGGUGUUUUUUUGCUGGCACUCGGCACCGUUGCGCACACAGUUUGCACUGCGCGCCGCCACGAUGCUGCUACCGACAGGUACUCUGUUACUGCUGGCGGCUCUCUCACUAAGCGUUGACCUGACUAAAGCUGAGGGUUGUGGAGCAUCAUGUGGAAAAUGCGACUGCAGUGGCGUGAAAGGAGCAAAGGGUGAGCGUGGAUUUCCGGGUCUUCAAGGCAAUAUGGGAUUCCCAGGGAUGCAGGGACCUGAGGGGCCUCCAGGGGCAAUGGGAAGUAAGGGAGAUUUUGGUGAAUCUGGGGCUCCUGGAAUAAAAGGAGUGCGGGGUCCUCCUGGUCUGCCAGGUUUUCCAGGAAACCCAGGACUACCAGGCAUCAAUGGAAAUGAUGGUCCACCUGGUGCGCCAGGUAUCCCAGGAUGCAAUGGAACUAAAGGAGACAGAGGCAGGGAUGGCACUUCUGGUUUUCCUGGUCUUCAAGGACCACCUGGCAUACCAGGACAUCCUGGAUUGAAGGGUGAAGCUGGUGGUGUGAUUGGGAUUGUUCCCUUGAAAGGAGAAAGAGGGUUCCCGGGGACACCUGGACUUCCUGGAUCAAAUGGAUAUCCUGGACCUACCGGCCCCCCAGGACCUCGUGGCUAUCAAGGACCCAAAGGUGAUCCUGGUCAACCAGGCCCUCCUGGAGACAAGGGUGACAAGCUGGCCUUUGUGGGUGGGAAAGGAGAUAAGGGUGACCAAGGAUUUCGUGGCCCACCUGGCCCUCCUGGACCUCCAGCUCAGUCACAUGAUGGAACACCUAUCACAAAUUAUAUACCUGGACCAAAGGGAGACACAGGAUAUCCAGGAGAGAAAGGAGACAAAGGCUUUUGCAUCCCUUAUCACAAUGGUGUCAAAGGUGAUCCAGGCCCACCUGGACAAAUAGGCAAAGCUGGAAAGGAGGGAGAGACUGGACCCAAGGGAGAAAAAGGCUUUCCUGGCAAUCCCGGAUACAUCGGUACUCAGGGUGAAAAAGGAGAAAGAGGACCACCAGGCUACGGUAGUGGUGCCCCUGGUCCCCCUGGCCCUAGAGGUUUCCCAGGUUUACAAGGAGAAAAAGGUUUUCCUGGUCCACAGGGAGAGGCAGGUCCUCCAGGCCAAUUCAUUGAAGGGCCUCGUGGAGAGAGGGGUCAGAAGGGAGACAUAGGUGAGAAAGGAGACAGGGGUGUAGAAGGAGAGUCUCUAGCUGGACCUCCAGGACAACCCGGGCUCACUGGAGCCCCUGGACCACCAGGACUGCCAGUUGACCCCAAUGAAUGUAACAUUGAGAAAGGAGCUCCUGGACCACCUGGACCACCUGGGUUACAAGGGGAACUGGGACAGAAAGGUGACCAAGGAGAUACCUGUUUUCAGUGUGAAGGUUCCGGCCCCACCGGAUUACCUGGCCCCCAGGGCGCUAAAGGAGAGAGGGGACCUCCUGGAGCAGUUGGUGGCAAAGGAGAAAAGGGUCAAUCUGGACCAGCUGGAAAUCCUGGAAGACCUGGUACUGAAGGCAGUCAAGGGCUAAUAGGAGUCCCUGGUGCUGUUGGUGAGCCAGGGGACAUUUUCAUAGCUCCUGGUCUGAAGGGGGACAAAGGUCUGCCUGGUGUUCCUGGUUCACCUGGGAAGCGGGGGCUGGAUGGACAACCAGGGAGAGAUGGCAAUCCUGGUAUACCUGGCCUUAAAGGAGAACCUGCCAAAGAAGGCAUCAAGGGUGAGCGUGGACCACAGGGGGACCCUGGUCUUACUGGAACCCAUGGAGAGAGGGGUCCCCCUGGUUUGCCAGGCUUCGGACAACCGGGAGAUCCCGGAGAGAAGGGCAAUCCGGGGAGACAAGGCAAUCCUGGAACACCUGGAGUACCUGGUGCAAAAGGUGAGCCAGGUCAUACUGUGAGCACACCUGGACCUCAGGGUAUACCUGGACCACGAGGAGAACCUGGCAGACCUGGACAUCAAGGUGACAGAGGCAAUCCAGGAGACCCCGGGGUGUCAGGUUACCCUGGACAAAAAGGUGACACCGGGCCCCCUGGAAUUGGAUUGCCAGGCCCAACUGGUCCCAAAGGAGUCAGUGGGAUUCCAGGAACUCAGGGAUUUCCAGGAGAGCCAGGAAGACCAGGACAGGAUGGCCUUACUGGAAAACCUGGUUCACCUGGACAGAAAGGUGAGCCAGGACGAGGACUGCCAGGCCCAAAAGGUGAACAGGGACGCCAAGGAAUUACUGGCUUCCAGGGAGAGAAGGGUAACAUUGGACUACCUGGUGUUCCUGGACAGGAAGGCCUGACAGGAAAACCAGGACCUCAGGGAAUCAAAGGUGAAAUUGGACCCCCAGGACUUCCAGGAGUGGUUGGAUCACCAGGUGCUCCAGGAAAAGGUUCACCUGGCUCUCCUGGACCACAAGGACAACCUGGAGAGCCGGGACCAUACGGUAGGGAUGGUGUAAAGGGAGAAAAGGGCUACCCGGGUCCUCCUGGUCUGGACAUGCCAGGGCCUCAGGGAGAGAAGGGAGGCCCUGGGUUCCCGGGAACUCCAGGUUCUAAAGGACUGCCAGGGCCACCAGGCUUACCUGGCAGGGAUGGACUGAUUGGAAACCAAGGUCCUAAAGGUGAGAUGGGUGUCAUGGGGACACCUGGAGUACCAGGAUUUCCCGGACCCCCUGGUACACCUGGAUCUCCUGGUCUUAGAGGUGACCCUGGUCUUCCUGGAUCAAGAGGGUUUAUUGGAGAGACUGGAUCUAAAGGAGAAAGGGGUGACACCGGUCUUCAGGGACCUCCUGGGAACAUGACUGAAGUUGACAUGGAGCAUAUGAAGGGGGAAAAGGGAGACAUCGGAGAUCAUGGCGAUCCUGGGGUCACUGGAGAAAAGGGCUACCGAGGCCAACCUGGAGAUCCUGGAAUGCCCGGCAAAGACGGAGAGCCUGGUUCACCUGGACAACCAGGUGAGAAAGGAGAUCCCGGUUUUCCUGGAAGGACUGGCAGUAUUGGACAACCUGGACAGAAGGGAAGUGUAGGAGAGAUGGGAAUACCAGGUCCGGUUGGUCCAAAGGGUAGUAAAGGUGAUUUUGGUACACCAGGACAUCCUGGCUUCAGAGGCACGGAUGGAGAGAAAGGAGACACAGGAUUACCUGGUGAGGCAGGUAUCGGUCUCCCGGGACAUCAAGGCGAAAAGGGUCAGACAGGCCAGCCAGGAUUCCCAGGAACACCAGGAGAUAAGGGUCAGAAAGGUCAUAUGGGUAUGCCUGGCAAGCCAGGAGGACAAGGAACUAAGGGAGAACAAGGAAUCAUUGGCUAUCAAGGUCAGCCAGGUAUACCAGGUGAGAAGGGUACCCCAGGGCUGCCUGGGUCUCCAGGAGAACCUGGUCAAGAUGGUCAGGCUGGUGAAGGUGGCUUGCAGGGACCUCCAGGUCCUACUGGAGAGAAGGGAGAGCCUGGAGUGGAUGGCAUCCCUGGAUCCUCUGGAGAGAGAGGAGACCCAGGUUUACCUGGCCGAGGUUUCCCUGGGUCACCUGGAGUGUUCGGUGACAAAGGUGACAAAGGUAGCCCCGGUUUCCCUGGUACUCCAGGUCAACCAGGUAUCCCUGGUAUCAAAGGCGACAAGGGACAUCAAGGACUUCCGGGAGUCCAGGGUGAGACAGGAGACAGGGGGUUCCCCGGUGCCUCUCUAGAGGGCCCUAAAGGAGAACGGGGAGAAACAGGACAACCUGGAGAAGCAGGAUCCACAGGAGCACCUGGACCCUCUGGUGUGCCAGGCAGAGAUGGCUUAAAGGGAGACAAAGGAGAUCAGGGUCUCGCUGGUUUCCAGGGAGAGACAGGACAUAAGGGUGACCCUGGAACUCCUGGAUUUCCUGGACAAGCUGGCCUUCCAGGUAUUGAUGGACAGAAGGGAGAGAGGGGACUGCAGGGUGUUCCUGGCUUCCCAGGUAUAAAGGGUAAUGCUGGAGACUCAGGAUUCAAAGGAGAACUUGGAGACAGAGGAUUCCCAGGAGAAAAGGGUGUUGAUGGCCCCCCUGGUCCCCCUGGCCCCCACACCUUCAUCAAAGGAGACAUUGGGUUCCCAGGCUCUCAAGGCUUACCAGGACCACAGGGCCCAUCUGGAUUCCCUGGACAGAAGGGACUGCAAGGUUUGACAGGUCUUCAAGGGCCAAAAGGUGAAGAUGGCUUCCCUGGACAUCACGGUCAGUCUGGAGCUAAAGGAGAACAGGGCCUGCCUGGGCCACAAGGCCCCAGAGGACACCCUGGCCCCCCUGGACCUGAUGGUGUUCCAGGUCAAGUGGGACAGCCUGGCCCCUCCUCCAUGGAGCACGGUUUCCUGGUCACCCGUCACAGCCAAUCAGUGGAUAUUCCACCUUGUCCUGAUGGGACCUCACGCAUAUAUGAUGGCUACUCCCUGCUCUAUGUUCAAGGCAACGAACGCUCUCACGGACAGGAUCUUGGUACGGCAGGGAGUUGUCUGAGGAAGUUCAGCCCCAUGCCCUUCCUGUUCUGUAACAUCAACAACGUGUGCAACUUUGCCUCCCGUAAUGAUUACUCCUACUGGCUCACCUCCCCUGAGCCUAUGCCCAUGACCAUGGCACCAAUCACUGGUGAAAGCAUCAAACCCUUCAUCAGCAGAUGUGCUGUGUGUGAGGCCCCAGCCAUGGUGAUUGCAGUUCACAGUCAGACCAUCAUGAUCCCACCAUGUCCUCACGGCUGGGACUCUCUGUGGAUUGGCUACUCAUUUGUCAUGCACACCAGUGCCGGUGCUGAGGGCUCAGGGCAGGCUCUGGCCUCUCCUGGAUCCUGCCUGGAGGAGUUCCGCAGCGCUCCAUUCAUCGAGUGUCACGGUCGUGGAACCUGCAACUACUACGCCAACUCUUACAGCUUCUGGCUCGCAACAAUUGAAGACAGCGAGAUGUUUACGAAACCUGUCCCCACAACACUAAAAGCAGGAAAUCUCCGAACACACAUAAGCCGUUGUCAGGUGUGCAUGAAGAGGACUUAAACCCCAACCUCUGAGUCCUCCUUCCUGACCUGCGCUGAUGUCCGCGACUUGGCUUUACUUCCUGUUUUCAAAGGAUGGUGCUAAUUCCCUGUUUGUGUGAGAAGAGAGGGACAGAAGCGUGGGUUGCAGAACAAGCCGGAGAUAGAACUUUACAAACCACAACACAGAGACCAAGCAGCCUUUUGCUCCAUGCAGAACACUUAACUCACAUGAUCACAACAUGUCUCCAAGGAAUGGCACCCAGUUUACCACUGCACUGAGUACAGCCCCCUAACUGGUAAACUAGUGUUCAUUUUGAAAGGGUUGUUUGUGUAAGACAGGUGCUAUUGAAUCUUACCUAUCUGCCUUAUUCUUUUUUUUAAUUUCCCUUCCCUACCAGUUUCACAUCAUUCAAAGAUAUAGCUACAUAUUAGUAUUAUAGAUUUUCACUUUUAAACUUGUUUAGACAUACUUAUGUAAAGGAUGGGAGUUACCACUGGUUACACACACUUUAAAUCACUAUAACAUCGCCAACACCGAAAAAUAACAACCACACUGUUGUAAAUAUAAUGCAUUCCUCUCUAACAUAGUUCAACAUACUCUCCUCAGGUUAUUAUUGACAUUGUGUGUUAAGUCCAUUUUUAUUUAUAAGAGUUAUGAGAAUAUGUUGGACUUGAGCGUAUCUGAGAUUCCAUAAAUCUACAAACAGUGUUUCAACUUCUGACAAUCAGCUUCUUAUUAACAUGCAAAACAGCACUGAAACAUUAUUGGCAGGUGUGUGUUUGUGUGAAUGUACAUAAAUGAAUGGAUUUGAGCUGUUUGGACGUGGUGUGUACGUGUGUAUGUGUGUGGGUGUGUGUGUGUGUGUGUGAUGGUAGCAUAUAUAAUGCUGCGCAACCCUGUUGUGAACAUAAUCCCAGACAGAUGCACAAAAAGAAACAGACCAAAAAAAAAAUUACCUUUUCUAUACGCUUAUUCAGACAGAGCAUUGUGUGUAACAACCGUGUGUUAAAGGAUCACGUGACGUGAACCAAAUCUUUCUAAUCUUUGAUCCCAAAGAAAUGCACAUGUAUAUAUACUUACACAUAACAUGUUCUUGCUCUUCUGCUCAUGUACUUGAUUGUUCCCAUUAGUGGAUUUUUGUAGUUUCAUCAUGCUAUUGUUGUACAUCCUAAGUCAUACACAAGCAGAUGAGGAAGGCUGUUUUUAUAAGAGUCUAUGCAAAUUGAGAGGCUUUAAGAGGUCUGAACAAUAGGUCUUUGUUACUUUUAUUCCUCAAUACACAGUAUUUAGUGAACUUCAGUUGUGUCAAUACAGGAAACCCCAAAUAUAGUUCCUGUGCCAUUUGUUCAGUUAUUAAAAGAUGAACAGUUUUCUGCUGUUAAAGUUAUAGCAAUUACUUGACACCGACUGUAACUUGUUUGUUUGUUGUUGUUUUUGUUUUUUUGCUGCUGUUAGUAUGUUGUGCUUGAUCUUGAUAAAGUGCCCCAUGAAGUACAUCAAGUAGCAGUAUUCACACAAACUUGAGUAGAGUUUGGAUAAUGUUAACUGAUUAACAAACAGAGCAGACAUUUCACAUUUUCCAGAUCCCAUACUGUAUAAUUUCUGCAAUAAAGU